AUGUCUCAGGAACAGGAGAUCGAUGUUGACGGUUUGGAAGUUUAUUUUCCUUAUGACUACAUCUAUCCAGAACAAAUUCUCUACAUGGGUGAAUUAAAAAAAACUUUAGAUGCUAAAGGACACUGUUUACUGGAAAUGCCAUCAGGCACAGGUAAGACUGUUUCAUUACUCUCUCUUGUGGUGGCAUAUAUACUGCGGUUUCCGGACCGUCUGGACAAGCUUGUCUAUUGUUCGCGAACAAUUCCUGAAAUUGAAAAAUGUGUUGAAGAACUUCGUAAUCUUUUCAAAUAUUACAAGCAGUGUGAUGGUAAACCACCAUCUUUAUUUGCGGUAGCUCUUUCUGCUCGUAAAAAUUUGUGCAUUAAUGAAUCAGUAUCUUCAUUGCGACAGGGUUCUUUGGUCGAUGGAGCAUGUCAGAAGCAAGUUUCAAAAUUAAGGUUGACGGCGAGCUUUAUGCGCGCUAAGCGUAGGCUUCGUCCGGACUUACCAUGCUGUACAUUCUUCGAGAAAUUAAAUGAACAAAAAGAUUUCAAUUAUCCAGAUGGUGUAUAUAAUUUGCAAAAUUUGAAAAAACUGGGCCAACAGAAGGGAAUCUGUCCCUAUUUUUUGUCACGCAAUGCUGUCGAUCGUGCACAUAUUGUUGUAUAUUCUUACCAUUACAUUUUGGAUCCAAAAAUUGCGGAAUUGGUUUCAAAAAAUUUUAGUCGUC